GGAAAAAAUGAUGCUAAUCCGAUUGUCUCAGUGAGUUUUGGCCUUCAGAACAGUCAUGAUGUGUGUCUAUCCGUAAUAGAAAUCAUCGAAUAUUAUGUAUCUUAGUUGUUGUAGUAUAAAAUGAAGAGGAACACUCCUGGUGCAGCAAGCUCUUCGUCUGGCAGCGCGAAAGCGCAGCCCAAGAAGGCGACUCGCGGAGGCUACGACUUGAAGGCGGUCCUUGCCGCAAAGAAGGCUGAUAUGAACAAGGGUCGGCCCGACAAAUCCCUGUUGAAAGGCAAGUUAGCAGCCGCGCCUCCGGUUUUCACCAAGCAGGAAAAGCCCGCGGAGGAAGCCGAGAAGGAGGAGCAGCGCUUAUUGGACAGGAGGGUCGAGAAGGAGCAGGAAAAGUCGUCGAAAGAGCGCGCUUCACUGCAGGACAAAUAUGAAAACUACUUUUCAACGCGCGUUGGCGAGGUUACUGGGGAAAUGAUGCGCGAGGUUGAGGAGCGCGAACGUCGAAUGGAGGAGGAACAAAAGCAAGAUGAACAGAAAGAAUUAGAGGACAAUAAUGCGACUGGCAGUGCAACUACAGUUGUAACGAGCACCAUCUUGACGGACGGUCCAGCAACUUCUAGCACAAAGACCGCUGGGAACGCAGCGAAUAAUAGCCUUCCUUCAACUUCAGGCACAACUGCUGUUGCCGCUGUUGCAGAAGAAGGAGGUUCUUCAAGUAGUUCAGCAGCUGAUGCAUCUGGUGGCACCAGUACAGUUCUUGUUCCUUUUAAUAGCGUCUUAGCCGCAGCAGAUGACCAAAAUGUGCUAGCUCUCUUUUCCGCUUCUAGGCGAACGGAGCUUGCGAAGAAGACGGCUGCUGUAGUGCACUCGUACAGAGCCGCAGACGUUCAUGACUCCCGACCGGAGUUCACCGGUACUUUUUCCAAACUCUUUGGUUUGGGCGGUGCGCAUUAUGACCGCUUCACCAAGGAGGAGGUGUUUGCGGCGCUGCGGCGCUUGGGAGAGC